AUCAUUCACUACUCUUCCUCAAAUAGCAUAAAUCUUCUGCUGGUUGCAAGCUAAACCAUGCAAGCCAGGGAGAUCUCAGGGCUAAAUUAUUUACUCCCUUCAAACCCAUCUUCAUCUCCAUACCCUUCUAAUAACUACACCAUGAUUCAAAACAACAUUCCCACAUUUCAAUUCCAAAGAUUCCCUAACCAAUUAUAUGGUUACAACCACAACCCUCCUUAUCAAGUUCAUGACUUUAGUCCUCAAUCAUCAUGCAUAAGCAGCAACUCCACUUCAGAUGAAGCUGAGGAGCAAAACCUAAGUCUCCUCAAUGAGAGGAAGCACAGAAGGAUGAUAUCAAACCGAGAAUCUGCACGUAGAUCACGCAUGAGGAAGCAGAAACACCUUGAUGAACUGUGGUCACAAGUUGUUUGGCUAAGAAAUGAGAAUCACCAGCUCAUAGACAAGCUGAACCAUGUGUCAGAGAGCCAUGAUCAAGUGCUUCAAGAGAAUGCUCAGCUAAAAGAGGAAGCUUCAGAACUUCGCCAAAUGCUAAGGGACAUGCAGAUACAUAGUCCUUCCCCUUCUUCUUUCACCCCUUUGGAAGAUGAAGUCCCUUGCAACUCAGCAUAUCUCAGAUCUGAUUCUUCAAACCAAUCAAACUCUAGUAACAUGCUUGGCUAA